AUGGGAGCCGUUCUGCAGCAAUAUCCAGUAAAUAGUUGCCAGCCCCUGGCUUUCUUUUCGCAGACUCUCAGCCCUCAGCAAAAUCGAUACAGUGCUUUCGGCAAAGAACUCCCUGCAGUCUACACUGCCAUCAAGCACUUCCGAACAUACAUCGAGGGCAAAGACUUCCACAUCUUGACUGAUCACAAGCCCUUCACCUUCGCCCUGCACAACAGAAGCCGCCACCAGUCCCCACGUGAAGAAAGACAGGUGGAUUUCAUAGCCCUGUUUACCAACGACAUACGACACAUCCGAGGCACCAACAACCAGGCCGCAGACGCCCUAUCCAGAGUAUUGAUAGCCAUGGUAAGUGCCAGCAACAACCCCAUCGACUACCAUUUAGUUCGCAGGGAACAGCAACAGGACACUUCCCUUUUCACGCUACUUGACGGGGAUACCUCUCUUCAGCUGGAACAGGUGCAGCUCCAAAAUUCACAGGACACCAUCCUCUGUGACACCUCACUUGGCCGCCCUCGUCCUUACAUCCCACCAUCAAUCCGCCAACAAGACGUCCAGGAGUGGAGCUGCACCUACAUCAAGUGCCAGCCUGAGGCCACCCCCAUCCAGGAUAUCACUGCCGCCACCAUUGCCAAAACCUUCAUCAGCACCUGGAUCUCUCGCCAUGGCACUCCUGCGACGGUCACGACCGAUCGCGGAUCUCAGUUCGAGUCCGAGCUCUGGAGGCAGCUAAUGAUUCUUCUUGGCUCGAAGCACAUCCAGACCACGGCCUAA